GCGCAUUGUUUCCAACAGCAACCACAUUCAACAACUUCAACAGGUAUCGAUGAUACCUUGAUUUUAGUGAAAAACCAGCAACUAAGGUUGUGAGAGACAAAAACAAAGAUGUCGAUAGCAAUUGCACAAGCCAAGCACAUCUUUGGUCUCAAACCAGGUGUGACUGGCAACAUUUGCUAUCAUGAUGAACAGACCAUCGUUUACCCCUCUGGGGCAAAUUGUAUUUUGUACAAUAUCGACCAAAAGUCACAGAAGUUCAUUCCUGGCACGGAUAAGAGUGAGGGCAUGACAGCAUUAGCUGUCAGUCCAAAUAGAAGAUAUGUGGCAAUAGCUGAAAAAGGAGAAAAGCCAACAAUCACAAUAUAUGAUCUUCACAGUCUUCGGAAAAGGAAGGUCCUAAGCUCUCCAGAUGUUCAGUCAAAUGAAUUUGUCAGCCUGGCAUUUUCACCAGAUUCUAAAUACUUGGUUGCUCAAGGUGGAAAACCAGAUUAUACAUUGCUGUAUUGGACGUGGGAGAAAUCAAAAGUAAUGGCUGUCACAAAAACAUCGAAUCCCCAGACCAAUCCACCAGUUUAUCAGGUUAGCUUCAAUCCUCAAGACAACACUCAGUUAUGUGUUGUUGGAAAUGGCAUCUUCAAGCAUUUCCGCUACAGUGAGGGAAACCUCAAAACUUUCAACUUUCAAAAGAUGGAGCCACAAAACUAUCUCUGUCAUGCCUGGGUUUCUGAAGAACGUAUCAUUGUCGGAACUGAUACUGGGCGACUGCUUCUGUUUGAAGCUGGUGAAUUGAAAAAUGAAUUUAAUAUCGGAGCUCAACAAAGAGAGGCUGGACGUUCAAAUGAAGGAGAGGAGGUUUCCACGAUCCCAGUCAUUCCACAAGUUUCGGCCAUAGUGGCCUACUCAAAGGGGUUCGCUUGCUCCUGUGGGCCUGGUACUGUACACUUGUUUGAGAAAACAGAUGAUAAAGAUUUCUUCAAGAAAACAAGAGAAAUCAAGAUCCCACCAGACAACAACAGUGCUGACCCAGCAAAAGCCCAACAACAGCUGAUAACAUGUCUGACGGUCAGUCCGUCCGAGGAGACCCUUGUGGCUAGUACAGACCUCAGCCAGCUUUAUUACCUAACACUGCCAAGUGCUGACCUUGGAAAGAGUGAGGGAGAUCAGGCUCAUUUUGAGGUGCUCGCCCAGUCCUUCCAUUACGGUCAAAUCACAGGGCUUGAUGUUUGUAUUAGGAAACCUCUGAUCGCCACAAGCUCCCACGACAGAUCUGUUCGCAUCUGGAACUACGAGAACUGUAACUUGGAGUUGUAUAAGGAGUUCGCUGAGGAAGCAUACAGUAUUGCCCUCCAUCCAUCCGGUCUGUACAUCCUAGUUGGCUUCAGCGACAAACUCCGUCUGAUGAACCUCCUUAUCGAUGACAUCAGGACCUUCAAAGAAUUCACCAUCCGAGGAUGCAGAGAGUGUGGCUUCAGCAAUGGUGGCCAUUUGUUUGCCGCGGUGCACAGCAAUGUGAUCCAGAUCUAUUCCACCUCCACGUUUGAAAAUACCUCGAACCUGAAGGGUCACAACGGUAAAGUGCGAUCGAUUGUGUGGAGUGCUGACGACAGCAAGAUGGUGUCUUGUGGUGGGGACGGUGCCGUUUACGAGUGGGAGACCUACUCUGGGAAAAGAGUUGGAGAGAGCGUCCUUAAAUCUUGCGGUUACACUGGAGUUGCAGUUACACCAGACGGAAAAGCCACUUUUGCUGUCGGUUCAGACAAAACCUUGAAAGAGAUUGCAGACUCACAGAUCCUGCGUCAGAUUGAAGCAGGGGAAAUGACAUUGAGCAGUGUGGCGUUGUCCCAUUCUGGCCGCAUGUUGUUCGCUGGUACCGUCAAAGGAACACUGUGGUCAUUGAAGUUCCCUCUGAAUCCCCCGGGAGAAUGGACAGAACAUUCUGGUCAUGGCAGCCAGAUCACCAAGAUGAAGAUCAGCUAUGACGACCAGUACCUAGUUACGGUGUCUGAAGAUGCUUCCGUCAUCCUCUGGAAGAUUCAGGAUAAAGAGGGGCGUGGCCUGAAACGGGACAAGGAAGUCGGCUGGGCAGAGGAGAUCCUAAUCACUAAAAGUGACCUGGAGGAAAAGAACACAAUGAUGAGUGAUCUAAAGACCAGAAAUGAUGAACUUAAGUUGGAGAACGAUUACCAGCUACGUCUGAAGGACAUGAAUUAUAACGAAAAGAUCAAGGAACUGACUGAGAAAUUUAUCCAGGAAAUGGAAGCGUUGAAAACGAAAAAUCAGGUCCUGAAGACAGACAAAGAUAAGGAGGAGGCAAAACAUGAAGAAGAAAUGAGGGAAGUUAUGGACAAACACACUAAAGAACUCCAGGAUCUCGAAUCUGCCAAUAACCAGAAGUUGAUGUUGGAGUACGAGAAAUUCCAGGAACAACAGAGUAAGACAAUGAAGAUGCAGGAGGAAUAUGAUCGUCUCCUGCAGGAAAAAGAGGAAAGUAAGAUGAGAGCAAUGGAGGAAUUGACAGAGUACUACGAGACGAAACUUCAGGAGAAAACCACUCAACUGGAACAGGCUCAUGAUGAGGCCAGACAGUCACUGAAGGAAUAUGAGGAGACGAAGAAACAGAUUGAGGAGGACGCUGAUCGGGAAAUCCUCGACAUCAAGAAUAAUUAUGAGAUCAGACUUCGUGCUGAGAAGGAGGACAACAUCAAACUUAGAGGAGAAAGCGGCAUCAUGAAGAAGAAGUUUACAAGUCUACAAAGAGAGAUCGAUGACCACAAAGAGGAAAUUAAGAAAUUCCAAGCGGAGACUCAGAAACAGACAAAUGUGAUUCGUAAUAUGGAAAAGGACAUCAUGGGUCUGAAGAAGGAGAUCCAGGAAAGAGACGAUACCAUCCAGGACAAGGAAAAGAGAAUCUACGACUUGAAGAAGAAGAACCAGGAAUUGGAGAAGUUCAAGUUUGUGCUCGACUACAAGAUCAAGGAACUGAAGAAACAGAUCGAGCCCAGGGAGAACGACAUCAAGAGAAUGAAGGACCAGAUUCAGGAGAUGGAGAGCGAGCUCGAGAGAUUCCACAAACAGAAUACACAGCUGGAGCUUAGCAUCAAGGAGCUCACCCAGAAACUCCGUGCCACAGACAAAGAGAUGCACCAGGAGAGGCAGAAGGUGCGUGAUGUUGAGGCAGUGGUGAAGAGAUUUAAGACAGAUCUACACAACUGUGUAGGCUACAUACAAGACCCGAAGAUGUUGAAGGAGAGUAUCAAGGCACUGUACUCCAAACAUGUUCAGGAAGAUGUGACUGAAUCUGCCAGUGUGGACGCUGAUAUACAGAAGGAAUACAGCAGGCAACGUGAACAUCUGGAACGAUCUGUAGCCUCUCUCCGCAAAAAGCUUUCCAAGGAUUCAGAAAUCCACAGAGCGGACAAUGUUAGGAUUAUGCAGGAAAAUGUGUCUUUGAUCAAGGAAAUUAAUGACCUGCGUCGUGAGCUGAAGAUAGCCAGGACGCAAAUUCACGACCUUGAGGCGGCCAUGGGACUCCACAGCAAGAAGAACAAAAACGACACCGCAGCAAUCGCUGCCAUCACGGCCAAAGGACCAAGUGCUCUUAUGGAAAAGGACAUGGAGGAGAAAACUAAAAUUAUUGAAAUGCAGAAGAUAGAAAUUAUGCGUUUACGUUCUGAGAUGUCCGACUUGGAUUUGGGCUCUCGACCUCCGUCAUCGCAUCGUCUCCCACCCAUGCAAUUAGUGUCAUGAUCACACAAACGUUUGACUCUAGUGAAAGGAGAAUUCUGUGAUCUUACUUAAAGUUCGCAAGGGAUAUUGAUAAAAAAUAGACUGCAAGAACCCCUGCGUAGAACAUUCACAUAUUCUCAAAAACUGUGCUUUGUUUUCUAAAAUAAACACUUUCUGAUAGAAAUCUAAAUUGAUUUUGAAGCAAGAAUCGUGGAAAACCCUGCUGAGAUUCUGAAUCCUAUGUUUCAUAAUUAUACAAAUUAUUGUGCUCAUCAUGCAAAGCUGCUAAUUUCAGGAAAAUUUGCUACGUUGAAUUAUUUAAAGUAUCUGUCCCUUUUUAUAAAAAAAAAAAUGUGAAAAAUAUAUAUAAAUAUAAAAAUUGUUUGCUAAACAUAAAGUUAGCAAAACUACAGUGAUUUUUGUCUAAAUUCUAUUUGUUUACAGAAAUCUGCUGACAAGACACUAUUUAGCUGUAUAAAUUCAUUUCCACAGUUAGGAAUGAUAUUUUUGCAAACACAUAGUGGUAUUCUUUAUGAAAAAGACUCUCAUACUACUUAAAGUAUAGAUAUUUGAUAUCUCUACAUGAUAAUCCCCGAGAUGUCUGGGUAUAUUUGUAUUUUUGAUCUUUUAUUAAAAUGACAGGUUUCAUUUUGACUGUGAUAAUACAUGUUUAGAGAGUAUAUGUUGUAUUUCCAGAGUUUCAAUUUAUAUACAUUUUACAUGAAGAAUUUAGUCCAUGUCAACAAAUCUAAUAUAGAAAAUCUGAAUUAUUUAAAAUUUCCUCAUGGGAUCUAAAAAUUGAAAAUGCUUUAUAUAUUCUAAAAUGGCUGUGAUUUGUCUGAGCACUUUCGAAGUUUAACUAGUCUAUAUGACCAUCUGUUUGGAUGUGGAGAAAAUAUUUUCAGAAUCCCUCCCAAGAUUACAGUAUUUAUGUAAAUUUUGUACAUAUGCCUUUAUUUAGCAUUUACAGUAGACUACAAACUUUGAUGUGGUUACACUGUAAAAUCAUGUGAAAUCUGUGAUAAUCUUAUGUAUAAAUCAUUUAAUAAAAGUAAAUACACAGUUGAAA